GUGCCCUACAUGGGCACGGCGCCACAGGUCCAGCCUCCAGUCUUCCAGAGAGUUCCUGUGUACGGGCCUCCAAGCAGCAGCCAAGGCGCCGACGUCACGCACGAGGCCGCCGUCUCGAACGCGAGCACCCACAACCUGGCCCACCAGACGGGCCUUCAGAAGGUGAUGCUCAAGUCGAGCGUGGUCGUGCUCUCGGUCGCCUUCCUCGCGCUGCUCGGCGUCGCCUGCGUCAUCAUCGCCAACAGAACAUCCAGCUUGAGCAAGUUCAUGCAAAAGAACGCGGCAAUGGCGGUGCACCCAACGUCAGCACUCCCGACCCGGGUGCCGGGCUCGGUCAUGACGCAACGGGCAACAGAAGCGAUUGAAAACAUCGCUGAACCAUCGCAAGGCAUGCCAAUAGCGGUUGUUAACCAGCCGCAAGCACAGAAGCCUCACGGACUGCUCGGAGCUGCGUAUUUCAACAACAGUGCCGCGCCUCGCGGAUUUAGCAGGGACUAUGUCUGCACCACGGAUAGCUGCAUCAAAGAAGGGGAGCGGCUGGCGGGCCUGGUGGACCCGGUGCUGAGCCCGUGCGACAACUUCUACGAGUACACGUGCGCCACCUGGGCCGAGGAACACCCCGUGCCUCGGGGCGCCCAGAAAGUCUCAUACCAGUCCAGCAUCAUCGACUACGUCGAGAAAAAGCUCGACGACAUCGUUCGUGUCGAGCUUCGGAAGGUGCUGUCCAUGCCGUUGGCCUUCAACUUCCUUUCCAGCCACGUGAAGGCCAUCCUGAUGAGGAAUGCCUGCAUGGAAGUAGAUCGGCUGAACGACCGUGGUCUGGGACCCCUGCGCGAGGUGCUGCAGACGCUGCACCUGACAGAGUGGCCCACGGUCAAGAUCGACUUCAACGACUCGCUCAUCGAGCGCGUGGCCGCCGCCCUGGGCUCGCGGCUUGGCGUCUUCCCGCUCGCCAGGGUCGACGUAGAGCGAGACCCCGACAACCCGUCGGAGUUUAUCAUCACGCUGGACGAGCCCUCGCGCGAGGUGUUCCGGCGCGGCCACUUCCUGCGCUCGGAGCGCGAGCUGAUGGAGUACGAGACGGUGACGCGCAAGGCCUUCGACAAGCUGCAGAACCCGGCGCUCAGCGACCUGCUCGGCUCGGCCGUGUUGGGCCUCGAGGACGAAAUAUCGCAGGCAAUGGGGCCGACCGCUCAGACGGAGGAGAAGGUGCGACAAUACGUCAAAAUAUCCGUCGCUGACCUCCCGCGCGGCAGCAAGUUCCACUGGCUGCACUUCCUGAACCACACCAUGGAGAAAGUGCAACCCGUGCACCGCAGCCAAGUGAUCGUCGUGCGCAGCAUGCCCUUCAUCAAGAAGCUCGCCGAAAUCCUCGAGGGACGCCAGAGGCGCACCAUCGUGAACUACUUGGGCCUCAAGGCGCUGCUGGUGUUCUCGCCGCUGCUACCGCCGAACAGCGAGGGCGCGGUGGCUGGUCUCCUGGGCCGGAUGCUGACUGGCCGCACACCGGACCAGCUUCCGCGCUGGCGCCUCUGCCUGCGCGCCGCCGAGGACGCGAUGCCGUUCGCCUUCCUCGGCAUGUACCACGACGUGUUCGUCAGGGAGCACAACGUGCUGCAGCUGCGCGCCUCGCUCAGCAAGAUGAAGGACCUGCUGGCCGCCUCGCUCGAGGACGUCGUCUGGCUCAACUCCAAGGACGCGCCCAGGGCGCUGGACAAGUUGAAGCGCCUCGACUUCGUCGAGUUCUUCCCCGCCUGGGUGAUGAGUGAGGAGGAGCGAAAUGUGUUCUACGAGUCGGUUCGCGACGUGCCCGUGGGCAACUUGCUGCGCAGCCUGAUGAGCGCCAAGUCCGCGCACGUCGACCAGCGCUUCAGGCGCCUGCUCUUCAAUCCAAAGCAGGCCGCAUGGUUCGGGUCGGUGUUCGAUGUCCACGUGACCUAUGACCCGCAGAACAACACGCUUUACAUCCCGAUGGCCAUGUUCGCCGAACCGAUGGGCUUUGACAAUGCCGAGACGCCCCUGUACAUCCCGCGCGUACUGGCCGGCCUGGCCCAGCAACUGAUGUCGGCAGUGACGGGCCUGGGCUCGCUCUUCGACGUCCAGAGCGGCGCCGUGCACGAUUGGUGGGGCUCCGAGACUCGCGACUCCUACGCCAACUUCAGCCUCUGCCUGGCGCAGCAGUACAACGCCUCGCUCAGCGGACUCUUCGUCAGCUCCCAAUACAGCACGCUGACCGCGGAGUCCAACGUGCGCGACAACGCCGCCGUGGCCUUCCUGAGCAAUAACCUCGCUCGCACGUCUCCGGCCCCGGCCAGAUGUACACCAGGCACCUCAAGGAGCGCGGCAUCAAGGGGAACUUCGUGCUCGCCAACCUGCCCAACGUCACUGCGCAGCAGCUGUUCUACACUUCGUACGCCAUGGGCUUCUGCGAGAAUUCCAACGAAGGCUACGCGCAGCGCCAUGUGAAGACCUCAACCGUGGCACUCUCAAAUCACCGAGUGAACAUCCCAUUGGCGAACAGCGAUGGCUUUGGCGACGCCUUCCGGUGCCUUCGGGGAACGCCGAUGAACCCGCACGUCAAGUGCAAGUUCUGGAGGUUCCAGUAAAAAAAAAAAAGAAAAAAUGCACGCAGUC